AUUUGUGUAAAUCAUGGAAGAGGAGGCGGGAUCACAGGGAUCUCAAGAAGAGGCUCCCGCAGAAGCGCCCGCCGAGGAAGAAUUGUCCGAUGGAGAUCUUCUACAGAGAAGGCGCGAAGAAUGCGAGCGGAAGGCAAGGAGAGGCGAGAUGGAUCCUCGUCUCGAAUUCACCUUUCAACUGCUGAUGGAUGGCACUGGUUUGCCGCGUCAUCAAAUUAUGGAUUACAUUUUUGAGGGCGAUAUGCUCGACGAAAUCAACCAACUUUUCCUCCCGAACAUGAAGAACAAAUUACUUUGGUUUUUUCAAGAGGUCGAGGAAGAAGUUUCUGUCGACUACAACAAACCGGGUCCAUCUCGUGCAAUGGCAAUGUCAAAAACCCCGACAGGGCAGCAGCAAGCACGAAAAAGGCUUUUCAUCACCGAUGGUUGGACAUGUGCCUUCAAGGGCGUUUGCAUCUACAUCCUUCGCAUCAACAUCUCAAAACAGCUACCAGAGGAGGGUUUUCAGAAGGACUUGUUUUGCGGCAUAAUUGAUGCCGAACGCAUCGGUCUGGUAGCAUCCAUAGAACGCAUCGUAGAAUAUGUUUAUAUGCAAGCACUCGCCUAUCCCAACAUAGAAAAUGAGGAAGACGAAAUGAAUUGUGCACUUAUUAAGCAGCAACUUUUACCCGGUCUUAGAUCAUUCUGUAGCGCACUUAGGGUUUGCGAGCAAGUUUGCAACAAUUUCAACGUGUUUGAAGACGGAAAAGUGUACAUGGCGAAAGCUGAUGGCUUGGAAGAUGUCAAGGAAAUGGCACAAAAUACGGAAAUUGUCUCGGAAUUGGAGGAACGAGUCAAUAAUUGGAUCAAAAAUAUCUCAAAAAUAUUGAUGGAGAGCGAACAACUUCGACGUGAAAAUGAUUCGAGUGGACCUCAAGAUGAACUUGAGUAUUGGAAAAAACGUGCAGCGCAGUUCUCGCAGUUACUCAUAAACUUGCAGGAACAAGAAGUGCAAUGGACAUUGCACUGUUUGACGAUGGCUGGCUCGAAAGUGAUAAAAAGUUGGAAGGAUUGCGACAAAAAGAUCACUUUUUGCUACAACGAAGCACGUGACAACGCCAAAUUCAUCCAAGCGAUGGAAAAUUGUUGUCACAGCUUGUACUUGGACGAUCCCGUCAGCAUGAAAGAAUCCAUUUUAGGCUUAUUGCAAACCGUUAGACUAAUUUAUAGCGUUUCACAGUUCUAUAACACGUCAGAGCGCACCUCCACACUCAUGGUAAAAAUCACGAACCAAAUGAUCGAGACAUGCAAGUCCUACAUAACGAAUCGCGGAAAGGAAACGAUUUGGACACAAAAUCGCGAUGAGAUAAGAACAAAGCUCACGAAUUGCUUAAAACUGAAUCAGGUGUAUCGCGAAACGUAUUACAUUGUGCGAUCGCAGCCGUUCUUACCUGAUCAGGCUCCCUUUGCGUUUUCGGAGAAUUUUGUGUUUGGAAAGUUUGACACUUUUUGCGAUCGUUUGUCGAAAGUCAUCUCGAUGUUUAAUCUCGUCGAGGACUACAACUGUCUGUUCGACCGUCGUCUCGAGGGUUUGCUGUUGGGUGAAGCCCUCGAGGAGGCAAUAGCGGUGUUCUCGGAUGCCAAGAAGGAAGUUUUGUCCAAGAAAUACGACUACCUGGAUCAUCGCAGCAUGGAGUUUAACGAUGACUUCCAGACCUUUAUGGACAAAACGAACGCAUUGAAGGAGCACAUUGCUGACACAAUUGAGAAAAACUUUGAUACCGUAUGGGAGACCCCGCAAGGCAUACGCUUCUUAGUACGUUUCGAAAAGGUGUCAGAGAAGAUUCCGCUCAGCAAGAUGGACGAAAAGUACAUGCGCAUCUUGCGGUAUUGCGAAAAGGAGAUCGAGCGGAUUCUGAAGCUCUUCAAGAAGCAACGAGACGAGCCGCCAUUGCCUCGAAAUUUUCCUCCCAUUGCAGGGCGCAUCAAGUGGAGUCGUUCUCUGGAACUCCAUUUAUCGGAAUUGGUCACAAGUAUCUCGUCACAUCCGGUCCUCAUGACGUUGCCCCUCACGAAAGACCUCGAAAAUCGCUACAAAUCCGUCAAAGUCAUUCUCGCGGAAUACGAGCAAGAGAUGACAACUCUCUGGCUGAGUCAGGAUGUCGCUGUGGCGGAUCCGUGUCUCUUGCAACCCGUGCUCGCGCUUCAAGGCGACAAAUUAAUUGUCAAUUUGCACCCUACCAUUACGCUACUCAUACGAGAAUCCAAAUGCAUGGCUAAAAUGGGCAUCGAGAUCCCAAUUGUCGCCGCGACACUCCUUUGCAAGCAAAAUCACUUCUAUGUCAUUCAAGACUCACUCAAUGAUUUGAUUAAAAUGUUUUUAAGCACAGUUAAAAAAGUUAAAUUAGAAGUUAGACCACUGUUUUUGCCACAACUUGUCCGAUUGACGACUAUGCUCAAGCCUGGAUUGCGUUCCAUUAAUUGGACCAAUCCAACGUGGGUUGAAUUUUACGAGAACGGUAAGGAAGCUAUUGAGACAUUUGACGUGUUAGUGGCUCGCGUACACGACAUUUAUUCGAACCGCAUCUUGUCCGUGUUGGCGUCGAUGCAAGAGGUAACGCUCCAAAUAUUGCCGGGUGACGAGGAAAUUUGGACGGUAGAUGAGUUCCUGGAGAAAAGCGAGGAAUCCUGUCGACAAGCAGCGAUCGAGCUGAAUCGCAAGAGUCAAAUGGUCGAAGAAGCUGUCGAGGAAGUGCUUGAAUUAGUUGACAAAGCCUCACAUAUCUUCCAGAAAAUCAUGGGAAGUGAAAAUGACAUGUUCGCCGAUUUGAGUAAGGCUAUCUAUCCAGACCCGUCGGAGGCGAAGAAGGAAGACGAUCUCUCGAAUCAGAAUCAGCAAAAUCAGCAGGAUUGGAGUAUUUUGUGGAGUUGUUUUGAGAACCCGAUCUCACUUUUGCACUUUCAAAAUGGACUUCCGAAGGGAAUGCAGGAAAUGGUGUUCAAUGCUGUUGCGGAAAUGCGUCGAUAUUACAGCAGGAAGGUUAUUGAUGUGCUUAUCAAGGUCACUCGAAGCACUUUGGAUACCAUGAGACGUAAAUUUUUGGCAGAAGCUGAAACCAAUUUAAUGAAGCGCAAAAAGUCCGUUUUCCUCCUGAACGCAAUUCUCAUGAUUCCCAACAUCUCGAUUCGACCCACGCUCGACGAACUUCAAGAUGCCCUUGUUCAAGCGGGCAAAACUGUCACCGGCGUAUCAAAAGGAGUUGCUCAAUGGACUACCGGGCGUGGCGAUAAUUCGCAACAAUUGCAGCGUCGUGGCUCAAAACAAAACUUAAGCAACAUGGAUGACAAAGCGCGACGGCGUAAAUUGUAUCGUCUCGUCUCCGAGGAACGUCCUCAAAUGCCGCACAUGACAAAAAGCUUCUACAGUUACGUCAUGGAGAACAAAGAAGUCGUCAAAACGCUCUCGUUGUUGGGCAACAGUUGCCGAAACAUCAAAAACGACAUGCAAAUUUGGGUGAAAACGUGGGUUCCCUUUCACUUUUUGUGGAAAAAUGACAAAACCAGCAGACAAUUGUUGGAAUUCACGUUAAUUGAGUUCGAAACGACAUUGCAAUAUCUCACGGAGCUCGACAAAAAUCUCACAACGAUACCGGAUUUGGAGUAUUUCGGACAAUGUGUCGUUUUGUCGACGGAAAAAUUGAAACUUGGCUUGAUUUGCGAGAUAAAAGCGUACACGCACAAGUUGGGACAAGCGAUGAAGAAGAAAUACAAACGCGAAAUGGACUACGUGUAUGCCGUAAUUAACGAAAUGGAGCGAAAACUCGAUCGCCCGAUACGUGAUUUGGAUGACGUUCGCAUGAUCAUGGAUACGUUGGGCAAGAUUCGCGAACAAGAAGUCGAUAUGGAUCUAAAAAUCGAUCCAAUUGAGGAAGCGUUCAACGUUAUGAACAAAUACGAGAUUCAAGUCGAGCAAGAACACAUGGAACAAGUCGAUAAUUUGCGUGAUACAUGGCACAAGUUGCAAGCGAGAGCAUUGGCGACACAUUGUAAACUUUUGGAGAUGCAGCCGGCAUUCCAGCUGGAGCUUCGCACGAACUUGGAUAAAUUCAAGGCAGAUAAAAUGGAUUAUGUGAAUGAAUAUCGCACCGCAGGACCAAUGCAACCGGGUUUGACGCCACGUGAGGCUUCGGAUAAACUGAUUUUGUUCCAAAACCGUUUUGAUGGCAUGUGGCGCCGAUUGCAAACUUACCAAACGGGCGAAGAACUGUUUGGCCUUCCACAAACCGAUUAUCCGGAGUUAGCUCAGAUUCGUAAAGAGCUAAACUUGUUGCAGAAGCUGUAUAAGCUAUACAAUGACGUCAUUGAUCGCGUUAGUAGCUAUUACGAUAUACCUUGGGGCGAGGUUGACAUUGAGGAAAUCAAUAACGAGCUAAUGGAAUUCCAGAAUCGCUGCAGAAAACUACCAAAGGGUCUCAAGGAAUGGCCUGCUUUCCAUGCGCUCAAACGUACUAUUGAUGACUUCAACGACAUGUGUCCCCUUUUAGAGUUGAUGGCGAACCGCGCGAUGAAGCCGCGUCAUUGGCAACGUAUCAUGGAAGUGACAAAAUACACCUUCGAGUUCGACAGCGAAGGAUUUUCGCUGAAAAACAUCCUUGAAGCUCCUCUGCUGAAGCACAAAGAAGAUAUCGAGGACAUUUGCAUCUCCGCCAUGAAAGAAAAGGACAUCGAGGCGAAAUUGAAGCAAGUAACGAACGAAUGGUCCGUGCACGAAUUGUCCUUCAUGCACUUUAACAAUCGCGGUGAAUUGCUAUUGCGAGGCGAUACAACGGCAGAAACGAUUGGACAACUCGAGGAUAGUUUAAUGGUACUCGGAUCACUUUUGUCCAAUCGUUACAACGCUCCCUUCCGCAAACAGAUCCAACAAUGGGUCUAUGAUCUCUCCAACUCGAACGACAUCCUCGAGCGAUGGUUGCUCGUACAAAACAUGUGGGUCUACUUGGAAGCUGUGUUCGUGGGCGGCGACAUUGCCAAACAGCUGCCGAAAGAAGCAAAACGUUUCUCGAAAAUUGACAAGUCUUGGCAGAAAAUUAUGCAACGUGCACAUGAAACGCCCGGCGUUGUAGCGUGCUGCGUUGGCGACGACUUGCUCAAACAACUUUUGCCUCAUUUGCAGGAACAACUUGAACUUUGUCAGAAAUCCCUCAGCGGAUACCUGGAGAAGAAACGUAUGAUGUUUCCGCGAUUUUUCUUCGUUUCCGAUCCAGCUUUGUUGGAAAUUCUCGGACAAGCUUCCGAUUCGCACACUAUUCAAAAUCAUCUUUUGUCCAUUUUCGACAAUACCCGAUUUGUCAAGUUCCAUGAUGUGGAAUACAACAAAAUGAUGGCAAUUAUUUCGUCGGAAGGCGAACAAAUUAUGCUCGAUCGAGGCAUUCGAGCGGAAGGAUCUGUCGAAACGUGGUUAACAUCUCUUCUCUGUUCGGCACAAUCCUCGCUUCACUCGAUUAUCCGCAGUGCGCAUCAAGCUGUGAACGAUCCCAACUUGAAUAUUCUCGCAUUUUUGGAUAAAAUGCCGGCGCAAGUGGGAAUUCUCGGAAUUCAGAUGAUUUGGACCAGAGAUGCUGAAUUAGCACUUAUGCAAGCGCGUCAGGAGAAGAAAAUGAUGACAGAAACAAAUAAUAAAUUCUUGGAGUUGUUGAAUACGUUAAUUGACCAAACCACGAGAGACUUGUCGAAGAUGGAUCGAACGAAAUUUGAGACUUUAAUUACGAUCCACGUGCAUCAACGAGAUAUUUUCGACGGAUUGUGUCGCAUGAACAUCAAAUCCUCGAACGAUUUUGAAUGGUUGAAGCAAUGUCGUUUCUAUUUCAAGGAAGAUUUGGACAAAACUUGGAUUUCCAUCACGGAUGUCGUGUUUACUUACCAAAAUGAGUAUCUGGGAUGCACAGAACGUUUGGUCAUUACUCCUCUAACGGAUCGUUGUUACAUCACGUUGGCACAGGCGAUUGCCUUGUGCAUGGGAGGAAGCCCGUGUGGGCCUGCAGGAACGGGAAAAACGGAAACCGUGAAGGAUAUGGCAAAAACUUUGGGAAAAUAUGUCGUUGUCUUCAAUUGUUCGGAUCAAAUGGAUUACCGUGGCUUGGGAAGGAUCUACAAAGGACUCUCGAUGUCGGGUAGUUGGGGUUGUUUCGAUGAGUUCAACCGAAUUGAGCUUCCCGUGUUGUCAGUAGCUGCGCAACAAGUUGCCGUCAUUCUCGCAGCGAAGAAGGAGAAGAAAAAAACGUUCAUUUUCACCGAUGGCGACUUAAUUGACUUAAAUACCGAAUACGGCAUCUUCAUCACAAUGAAUCCCGGAUACGCGGGUCGCAAAGAACUACCUGAAAACUUGAAAAUUCAAUUCCGUACCGUCGCUAUGAUGGUACCCGAUCGUCAAAUUAUCAUUCGUGUCAAAUUAGCGUCUUGCGGUUUCUUGGAAAAUAUCACUUUGGCGCGUAAAUUCUACACGCUCUACAAACUCUGUGAAGAACAACUCACGAAACAAGUUCAUUACGAUUUUGGUUUGAGAAAUAUUUUGUCAGUCUUGAGAACUCUUGGAACAUCGAAGCGUCAAAAUACGCGCGACAGCGAAAGUACCAUCGUGAUGCGAGUUUUGCGUGACAUGAACUUGUCGAAACUCAUUGACGAGGAUGAACCGCUUUUCAUGUCGCUCAUCAGUGAUUUGUUCCCGAAUCAGUCGUUGGAGAAGACGACAUAUGCUGAACUCGAAGCUGCGAUCGAUACACAAGUGCAGGAUUGUGGCUUGAUAAAUCAUCCCCCAUGGACUCUCAAGUUGAUUCAGCUGUAUGAAACGCAGCGAGUUCGUCAUGGAAUUAUGACGUUGGGACCAUCGGGAGCGGGAAAGACAAAAUGUAUUCAUAUUUUGAUGAGAGCUUUAACGCAUUGCGGGGAGCCACAUAAGGAAAUGCGUAUGAACCCGAAAUCCAUAACAGCUGCUCAAAUGUUUGGAAAGUUGGAUGUCGCAACAAAUGAUUGGACAGAUGGGAUUUUCAGUGCUAUGUGGCGUAAGACAUUGAAAAUGAAGAAAGAUCACGUUUGGUUGGUUCUUGAUGGACCAGUUGACUCUAUUUGGAUUGAAAAUUUGAAUUCCGUCUUAGAUGACAACAAAACCCUUACCUUGGCAAACGGCGAUCGUCUCCCAAUGUCGCCAAACUGCAAAAUCAUCUUCGAACCACACAACAUCGACAAUGCGAGUCCUGCAACUGUUUCUCGCAACGGAAUGGUCUACAUGUCGUCAUCAGGUUUGGAUUGGAAGCCUUUACUAAGUGCAUGGGUAAAAACUCGAAGUCCUCGUGAAAAAACUGUCUUUUCCGACUUGUUUGAACUGUCAUUCAUUCAAACGUACACUUGGGUCACCCAAAAUUUACUUAUGAUGAUGGAAAUAUUACAAUGUAAUGUGAUCCAUCAAAUGAUAUGUAUUCUUGAGGGUUUGAUCCCAACGGGAAAAGAGGACGAAUUGAGGGAUGAAAAACUAUCCAACGCAGGAAAUGACGAUUUAGACGACUUCGAUAACCCAAAAAUAAAGGAAGAAGGAUGUUCUGUGGAGCAUUUGACACGUCUUUACAUCUUCGCACUCACAUGGGGUCUUGGCGCAGUGCUCAAUGGCGCCGAUCGUCUCAAAAUGGAUGAUUUCUUCCGCAAAACUUUUGCCAGUUUGGAUCUGCCCAAAGACGAGGAAUGGACAAAUGCGAGUAUUUUCGACUUUUUUGUCGCCAAAAACAGUGAAUGGCGUCUCUGGCGCACUCUCGUCACGCCAUAUCAAUAUCCCGAGCUAUCGACUCCGGAUUACCUGAGCAUUUUAGUUCCCAUUCCGGAUAACGUUCGAAUUGAAUAUUUCAUAAAGACGAUCGCGCUUCAGGAACGCGGAUUAUUGCUGAUUGGCGAACAGGGAACAGCAAAAACGAUCAUGUUAAAGAACUUCCAAAAGGGUUUAAAUCCCGAAACGUACAUGAUUCGUGCUUUUAACUUCUCGUCGGCUACAACUCCGUAUCAUUUCCAAAAAACCAUCGAAAGUUACGUCGAUAAGAGGAUGGGAAACACUUUUGGACCUCCGGGCGGAAGAAAGCUCGUUGUAUUUAUCGAUGACAUCAAUAUGCCUCACGUCAACGAAUGGGGAGAUCAAGUUACGAACGAGAUUGUGCGACAAACUAUGGAUAUGAGAGGCUUCUACAGCUUGGAGAAACCCGGAGACUUUACGAUAAUCGUCGAUGUUCAAUUUGUAGCUGCCAUGGGAUUGCCUGGCGGAGGCAGAAGUGACAUUCCGUCACGUUUAAAGCGACAAUUUUGUAUUUUUAAUUGUACUGUUCCCGAUGACGUGUCAAUCGACACGAUUUUCCGCACUUUGGGCGAAGGUCAUUACAAUGUCAAACGUGGAUUUUGCGUUGAAGUGCGAAAUUUGGUGAAAAAACUCAUUCCAACGACGCGGAUUUUGUGGCAGAAAACGCGAAUCAAGUUGCUGCCGACACCCGCAAAAUUCCAUUACGUCUUUUCACUUCGGGACUUGUCUCGCAUAUGGCAGGGCAUGAUAGGCACACUUUCUACCGUCAUUGUGUCAGAUCAUAUUUUGAUACAAUUGUGGAAACACGAGUGUACCAGAGUAUUCGCUGACCGCUUUACUGUCCCAGUUGACAAGGAAUGGUUCAACACGGAACUCGUGGCAUUGGUACACGAAAAACUGGGCGAGGAGUACGUUGAAAUGACAAAGGCCAAUCCUGUCUUCGUAGACUUUAUGCGAGAUGCCCCUGAGCCCACAGGAGAAGAGGGCGAAGACACAGAUAUGGAGCUGCCGAAGGUUUAUGAGCCCGUUUACAGUUACGAAGUGUUGCGGGAACGUCUUAAGAUGUUCCUGAUGCAGUUUAAUGAGAUGGUGCGAGGAACGGGUAUGGACUUGGUAUUCUUCCCUGAUGCAAUGUUGCACUUGGUAAAAAUAUCCCGUGUUAUACGCCAUCCUCGAGGCAACGUUAUGUUAGUUGGCGUGGGAGGAUCCGGCAAACAAAGUCUGACAAAACUCUCGUCCUUCAUUGCCGGAUACAAAACCUUCCAGAUUAGCUUGACACGUUCUUACAACAUUGCAAACUUCUUAGAAGACUUGAAACUUUUGUAUCGCACAUGCGGCGUUCAGGGCAAGGGCACAACCUUUAUCUUUACCGACUUAGAUGUCAAAGAGGAAGGUUUCCUCGAGUAUCUGAAUAACAUUUUGUCAUCUGGUGUUAUUUCGAAUCUCUUUACCAAAGAUGAACAGCAGGAAAUCGUAUCCGAGCUAUCGCCCGUGAUGAAGCGAGAAAAUCAAAAGAAGAGCGUUAGUGCUGAAAAUGUUAUGGAAUUUUUCCUUGCCAGAACAGUUCACAAUCUACACGUUGUCUUCUGCUUCUCGCCCGUUGGGGAAACCUUCCGUAGACGCGUAGUGCUAUUUCCCGCUUUAGUUUCUGGGUGUACAAUUGAUUGGUUCCAACCAUGGCCACGUGACGCUCUCGUGGCGGUUGCCCAUCACUUUUUAGCCGACUUCGAGAUAGAAUGCACUGCGCAAGUAAAGGACUCGCUUGUGAAUGCUCUAGGUUUCAUACAAGAUGUAGUUUCAGAAACUUCUUCCGAGUAUUUCCAAAGAUUUAGACGCGCGACGCACGUUACGCCAAAGUCCUAUCUCAAUUUCAUUGGUGGUUACAAAACCAUCUACACGAUUAAGCAUCGCGAGUUAUGCGAAGGAGCGGAAAAAAUGGACACAGGCUUGGAAAAAUUGGCAGAAGCUUCGGAUUCCGUAGAGCUUCUCAAGAAAGAUCUGGCAGUGAUGGAGUUGGAACUUGCUGCUGCCUCGGCAAAAGCUGAACGUGUACUUGUAUCUGUCACGGAGAAGGCAAUGCAGGCGGAAAUUGUGAAGAAUCAAGUUUUGGUGGUUAAGGAAAGAGCAGAAGCUCUUGUACAAUCGAUUGCGGUAGAGAAAGCGCUUGCCGAGGAGAAACUUGAAGCAGCAAAACCAGCGUUGGAGGAAGCUGAAGCCGCCUUGAAUACAAUUAAACCAGCACAUAUUGCAACAGUCCGUAAAUUAGGUCGUCCUCCCCAUUUGAUUAUGCGAAUUAUGGACUGUGUGCUCAUCUUGUUCCAACGGAAAAUACAUCCAGUGAUUGCGGAUACAGCAGCUCCGUCCCCGAAACCGAGUUGGCAAGAGAGUUUAAAGAUGAUGGCUAGCACCACAUUCUUGUUGCAACUUCAAAAUUACCCAAAAGAUUCGAUCAAUGAUGAAAUGAUUGAACACCUUCAACCAUACUUUCGUAUGGAAGAUUACAAUAUGGAUACCGCAAGACGAGUUUGUGGUGAUGUAGCUGGUCUCUUGUCAUGGACAAAGGCUAUGGCAUUCUUCCAUGGCGUAAAUAAGGAAGUAUUGCCACUGAAAGCCAAUUUAGCGAUGCAAGAAGCUCGUCUAAAGCUUGCUAUGGACGACUUGGCGCAAGCAGAAGCUCAAUUACGUGAGCGCGAAGCUGCCUUGCAAGAAGUAAAAUCGAUGUACGAUGCUGCUGUAGGGGAAAAACAACGAUUAACUGACGCUGCGAACGUUUGUCUUCGCAAAAUGAAUGCCGCAACGGCGCUCAUUAACGGUCUCGGCGGCGAAAAAACCCGUUGGACCCUUCAAAGUAAGGAAUUCAAACAGCAACUUGGUCGAUUAGUGGGCGAUGUCUUACUCGCAACGGGAUUUUUGUCGUAUUGCGGUCCUUAUAACCAGGAAUUCCGUGCUACUUUGCUGAAAACAUGGAUGACAAUUUUGAAAACGAAAGUAAUUCCGUUCACCGCAAACUUGAGCAUCAUCAAUAUGCUCGUUGAUUCGGCGACAAUUUCCGAAUGGACGUUACAGGGGCUCCCGAACGACGAGUUAUCGGUGCAAAAUGCGUUAAUUGUCACGAAAUCGAGCUCGUAUCCGUUGCUCAUCGAUCCACAGAGUCAAGGUAAGUUGUGGAUUAAAUGCAAGGAGGAUCAAAAUGAGCUGCAAAUCACUUCGCUGAAUCACAAGUACUUCCGCACACAUUUGGAGGAUAGUUUAUCUCUGGGUCGUCCGCUUCUUAUUGAAGACGUUGGCGUUGAGUUAGAUCCCGUUAUUGACAAUGUCUUGGAAAAGAACUUUAUCAAAUCAGGGUCUAUUGAAAAAGUGCUGGUAGGAGAUAAGGAGUGCGAUGUCAUGCCCGGAUUCAUGUUGUAUGUCACGACAAAGCUACCGAAUCCUCCGUACAGCCCAGAAGUGAGUGCUAAAACGUCCAUUAUUGACUUUACUGUCACGAUUCGCGGUUUGGAGGAUCAAUUGUUGGGUCGCGUAAUCUUGAUGGAAAAAUCCGAGCUCGAAGCGGAGCGAGUCCACUUGUUCGAGAGUGUCAUGAAGAACCAACGGAGCAUGAAAGAGUUGGAAGUAAAUCUUCUUUUCCGUUUAACGUCGUCCGAGGGCUCCUUGGUUGACGACGAAGAGCUGAUCGAAGUGUUGCAAGAGACAAAAACAACCGCACAAGAGGUCAACCAAAAACUAAAGAUCGCCGAAAUCACGGAGAAAAAAAUUAUGGUUGCUCGUGAGGAAUAUCGCGGUGUUGCAACUCGCGGAUCCAUCCUCUACUUCUUAAUUGUCGAGCUAAGCAACGUUUCUGUCAUGUACCAAAAUUCCCUCAAACAGUUUUUGGUCAUUUUCGACAAUUCCAUCACAAAAUCCGCCAAAUCGAGCAUCACCGAGGAACGCAUUCAAAUUAUCUUGCGUUACUUGACGUUCGAAGUUUGGGCCUUUACGAGUCGAAGUUUGUAUGAACGACACAAAUUGUUGUUCACAUUGAUGUUGGCCAUCAAAAUUGACAUGCAACGAAAUCACAUCACGCACGAGGAGUUUAUGACGUUCAUCAAGGGCGGCGCGUGUCUCGAUUUGAAUGCUGUUGUGCCGAAACCCUUCAAAUGGAUUCUGGAUAUUACGUGGUUGAAUCUCGUCGAGAUCAGCAAGUUGCCGGUGUUUAAUGAGGUGCUGAAGAAAAUCGAACAGAAUGAGAGAGAUUGGAAAAUUUGGUAUGAUGCGGAGAAACCGGAAAUGGAGGAGAUUCCGUGCGGAUAUCACGCGAAUUUAGAUGUUUUCAGGAAAUUACUUCUCAUUCGUUCAUGGAGUCCGGAUCGAACAAUUUCGCAGGCGAGACGAUACAUUGAAGAGUCCCUUGGCAAUGAAUAUAGUGAAAUGCAUAUUCUUGAUCUGGAAGCCACGUGGGAGGAAUCUGAACCGAGAACGCCGUUGGUUUGUAUUUUAUCCAUUGGUUCAGAUCCGACAACGCAAAUUGGAGCUCUUUCAAAAACCAAAAAUAUUCCCCUUCGUGCCGUAUCCAUGGGUCAAGGUCAAGAAUUCCAUGCUCGCAAAUUAAUGAUGGAUUGCAUGGCAACAGGCGGUUGGGUCCUCUUACAAAAUGUUCAUCUCUCACUGAGUUUCUGUGCCGAAAUUAUCGACAUCCUAAUCGAGACGGAGCACGUCGAGGAAUCUUUCCGUCUUUGGGUGACGACAGAAGUACAUGAACAAUUCCCCAUCGGUUUACUACAAAUGGCGAUCAAAUUCACAAACGAACCGCCGCAAGGAAUUCGCGCUUCACUCAAACGAAGCUACCAAACAUUCACACAGGACUUUUUGGAUUACACGUCGGCAAUGCAAUGGCCUCCUUUGCUCUACACUGUUGCCUUUUUGCAUACUGUCGUGCAGGAAAGACGCAAAUUUGGACCCCUCGGAUGGAAUAUCCCGUAUGAAUUUAAUGCUGCUGACUUCCAAUCGAGCGUGCAAUUUAUUCAGAAUCAUCUCGACGACAUGGACCCCAAGAAAGGUGUUUCAUGGCAAACACUGUGCUACAUGCUUGGCGAGGUAAUGUACGGCGGUCGUGUCACGGAUGACUUUGACAAGCGACUUCUUAUCACGUAUUGCCAAGUGUGGUUUAGUGAACAUCUGUUGGCGCCCGGAUUUGAAUUUUAUCGCGGCUACAAAGUGCCUAUCACGAAAAAUCUCUCACAUUAUGUGGAUUACAUCAAUAAUUUACCGAUCAACGAUACGCCCGAAGUAUUUGGCUUACAUCCGAAUGCCGAUAUUACGUAUCAAAUCAACAGUGCAAAAAAUAUUUUGGAUACAAUUAUGUCAAUUCAGCCGAAGGAAGGCGGCGGAAGCGGAGGAGAAACGCGUGAGACUGUCGUCUUCAAUUUAGCUGACGACAUGUUACGAAAACUUCCGCCGCAGUAUAACGCAUUCGAGGUCAAGGAAAAUCUCGCAAGAAUGGGACCAUACAUGCCGAUGAACAUCUUUUUGCGACAAGAAAUUGAUCGAAUGCAACGUGUCAUCAAAAUGGUCCACACAAAUCUCAUCGACUUGAAACUCGCGAUUGAAGGUACCAUCGUGAUGAGCGAAUAUUUGCGAGAAUCCUUAGAUGCUAUGUAUGACGCACGUAUUCCAUCAAAGUGGCAAAAGAUUUCGUGGGAGUCAACCACACUCGGUUUCUGGUACACCGAACUCCUGGAACGAAACCAACAAUUCAGGGUUUGGAUUAACUCUGACAGGCCAAAAGUGUUUUGGAUGACAGGAUUUUUCAAUCCGCAAGGCUUCUUAACGGCAAUGCGACAGGAAGUAACUCGCGCACACAAAGGUUGGGCUCUGGACAGCGUCGUGCUGCAGAAUCAAAAUACCAAGUACAACAAAGAAGAUAUUCAGGAAGCGCCGGCGGAAGGUGUUUACGUACACGGACUAUUUUUAGAAGGCGCUUCACUUGAUCGUCGAAGUGGCAAAUUAAUCGAGUCAAAGGCGAAAAUAUUGUACGAACCGAUGCCUGUCAUCUACAUGUAUGCCAUCAAUACCACUUCAGGCAAGGAUCCCCGCUUGUACGAAUGCCCAAUUUAUCGGAAGCCACAACGCACGGACCAGAAGUACGUUGGCUCAAUUGAUUUUGAAACGGAUUACAAUCCACGUCAUUGGACACUCAGAGGAGUUGCAUUGUUGUGCGAUAUCAAAUAA